AGUAAACAUGGAGGAUGAAUGCGUAAAAGCUGCGUGCGGAGUUGCCGGUGGGAUAAAAUGUGAAUUGCAACGAAAUAGGCCCUUCCUCGUGGUCAGCGAUUCUUGAAAACCUAAUAAUGUCGCUGAAAAAGGAGGCUGGAGCAGGAAAUAUUUUGCUAACGCCGCUACUUGGGAUGAAGUCGCGAAAGAGUGACAAGGAUAGCUCAAGCGCGCUGCACUCUUCCAUGCCUUCAGUGUGUAUUCUAACUUCGCGAUCGUCGAAAAAUCUGAUGGGAUUAGAGAGGGAAAGUGUCGAAAAUGCUACAGUAUCUCUUCAUCAGGUGAUUGAACUUUAAGUAAUUUAACAAAUUAGACGCAUUAAGUUAACGCGACUAAAUAGCUCAUAAACUCGGUCAAUUUCAUGUGACUAUCUGGUUAUUUCACGCGUCCUAGACUCAAAGCUCAAUAACAGAAAAAGCACAUGACAUCAUUUCACAUUAGAGAGAAGGUUUUCAUUCCUCUUGAACAACGUUAGGCUGGUUUAUAGUGUCAUUGUUUUGUUUUCGAGCUAACCAUAUUUUAAAUAUUGUGUUGUUUAGCUAUAGCGAAAAUUCGCCAGCGCGCGCGAGUGCAAAAUAACGUUAUUAAUGUGCAGCUGUUAAUCAAAUUAAUAAUUUCUGAAGUGUCAGUUUUGCCGGAUCACUCCGUAAUUUCGUUUAUCAUGUUCUCCAAUAACUAUAGGUUUUAAGGUUGAAAUUAUUAUACCCAUGAAUACAAAAAAUGAAUAGACUUGCUUUAAUUUAAAAUAAAUUAUCACGUUUCUAAGCUUUAAUAUGGUGACGUUGCACUGAAUAUUUAUAACUUAUCAGACUUUUCUCUUGAACAAUGGCCGUUGGUAAUUCCAACUUUUACUUCCUUUAUGGGUGAUGUCUCAAUAAAUAAUUUAAGAGUAUUUGCACACAAGAGAGCUGCCAUUUAUAUUCAAAAAGCUUCUAGGCCUUCCACAUUUGUUUUACCAAAAAUAAACAAGCCCAUUCUUUGCUUCAAUGGCCUUUUUUCAGUUGGCCCAAAUUAGUCAGUUAAUCCAGAUUUUCAUGGAUUGUUUUGCUACAUUCCAUAUUUGCAAAUAGUUUUUACCCAAUCAUUUUUGCAUCUUAUUGUACUGGGGAAUUAUUUGUAUAAAAUGAAUCGCCUACAUUAUCUUCUUGUGACCCUGAAGAUUUCAGUUUCCAUUUAUUUUUGCUUUGCUUCUUCAUAGAAAAGCACAGAAAGUUGAGGUUUGAGGACAUGUGAUAUUGAUCCAAAUAUUUUUUUCUGAAGGCUUGUUUUCACAAAUAACUGAGUCAGAGUCUGAGUCAUUAAGAGAUUAGAUCAUUAUGUUCUAGUGAAAACAGCUGUCUGAUUCCACUUACCACUCUGCUACGUACCAUUUUAAGACUAGGCUUUCAAGUGGUGAGCAGAAGCAGAAGAACUAAACCAACCAAAACAAAGAGUCAAAACAACCAUUGGGAUUAGUUUUACUGUUUCAGAAAAAGAAAAUUGUAACUAUUGAUGUGUACCUUAUAUCAUCAAAUUAUUUGUUUACUGUGCCAUCGUUAGCAAUGCCAAAGUAAUACUGAAGCUUGAAUAUGUAACCACAUAAUUUCUCCUUUGCCCUCUGAAAAGUCAUCCUCUUUGUCAUAUCUUUCACAAAGUAGCCAUAGCUUUUGAUGUAAUAUAUCAAGCUUUAGACACACUAGUCAGUGUUUUAUCACCAGAUGAAACACCAAGAAGAAAGUUAGAAAUGCAACACGCAGCGGAGUAUUUUUGACGAACUUCGAGGUGCUUCAUCUGUUGAUGAAACACUGUGUCCAAUGCUUGAUUUCACUUCUCAAACAAAAUGAUUUUAGAAGGGGAAAUUAAGGAUGCAGAAUGAGAAAUGAACAGUUUUUCAUCUGAUUUCCAAACCCUCAUUAGACAUUAAAUUCCUUUGUAUUUUCUUUAUGAACUAUUAAUGAGUUUGAGAAUGUUAUUGGCUUUUUGUUCGUAUCCCAGCUAAGGAAGAAAGAAGCCACACCAAAGCCUGUUUAUUUGUACCACUUUGUAAUUCCUCAAUUGGAUACUAAAUAAUUAAACUAUUACCUAUAAUGGUUACCCAGAUUCAAUUUGCAUGGCCUCGACAAGCCUAAGUUGACCCUGAUUACCUCUGAAUAAUAUGAACAUGCAUCUAGCACUAAGGAUGUCUUAAGAAAGGGAUGAGUUAUCUUGCCUUAUCUAAUGUUGUGUUCUUUUGUGAUAAUUACUGUUCUUACCAACAUUGAAGUUAUUCAAUCUGUUUCUAAAUUGAAGACCAAUAAUUUUUUGUGUAACAGGCAGCAAGAGAUGGAAAGCGUGACCUUGUUGAGAGAAGACUGGAAAAGUUAGGAAAGGGAAACAAGAAAAUCAACAAGAAAGACCAGGACAACACAACUGCAUUGCAUUAUGCUGUGCGUUACAAUCACCUUCACAUUGUCAAGCUGUUACUGGAAUCUGGUGCAGGUAUGCAUAUAUAGAACACUUAAUACAUAGUACUUAAUGUGAUGUGUUAAGUGUGAUAUGUUAACUAUGUUUCCCUUUCCAUUAUAAAUAUUCAUGAUUAAGAACAGUCAAGGAAGUUGAAAAUUAAACUAGAUUAAAAUAACCUGAAUUUCCCUUUUUAAACUUAUAGACAUUGAAGCAAAAGGAGAAGAUGAUGCCACACCCCUUCACUAUGCUGCCAGAUUUCGUCCAGUCCCAAGAACCUAUAAUGGCUCUGCACGUCCAACACCUCAAGUGACACCAAGUCCCAGCAUGGAAAACAUGAGCGAUGUUGGCUUGACUCUAAAGAAAGAAGACAAGAAGAAAGAUGGGGGAUCUGGGAGUUUUGGGAAGGGCGCAAAAAGUCGCCUUCUAGGCUCAUCAUUAGGAACUAAACUAUUCAGCAAGGAUUUCUUGUCAUUGGAGAAAAGAAAUUCUAAUUCAUUUAUACCAAAAGAGCAGACAUCUAAUGUUGGGGAGACUAUGAUAUUGUACCUUUUGUCAAGGAAAGCCAAUGUAAAUGCUAAGGACAGUUAUGGUUCAACUCCACUGCAUUAUGCUGUUGCAAAGGGAAACCCUGAUGCUGUUCAAGAACUUUUGACUGAUCCAUGUAUUGAUAUUGAGGUGAUUAAAAAAAAGAUCUUUUGCAGUGCGACUACUGUAACUGGGACCAAUCAGACAAAGUUAACCAAUCUGAUUACAGGAAAAUAACAGUACAUUCCAAGAAAUUUAGUUGUGGGCCAAUCAGCAGCUCAUAAAAAAACAAUCAGUUACUCAAAGCAGAAGAUUUUAUAUUUAUGGCUAAUGUUUUUCAGGAAUGCAAAAUAUUUCAUUAGACAAUGUUUUUCUGUUCAAAACUUUGCAUGCAACACCCAGGAGACAUAUUUCUUUGACACACGCUGUUAUUUUGUCAUCUACCAGCAAUUUCUUCACCACUAUUGCUGUGCUUUGCAAUAAACAUGCGACCACAAGUCAAAAAUUGUUGUUUACAUUUUUUGCCUCCAUCACUCUUUCUAACAGACCUCUCGGGAAACACUUGCUUUCUUCAGCCGGUUCAAAAGGUUUUGUCUGUAGGUUGUAAUUGAUUGAUUUCACUCCAUGUUGUUUAUUUCGUUUCUUGCUAGUAAUGACUGGCAACUAACUUUCUGAAAAAAAGUAUUGUUAUUUUCCUGUAAUCCGAUUGGUCAUCUUUGUCUAGGUGGCCCCGGUUAUGGCAGUCGCACUUGUAAAAUGACAUCUGUAAACAGUACAUUUAAAGAUAAAGAAGCUUGAGGCAGAGAAAUGUGCUUGGAGAAUAAUUUACAAUUACUGAAUUUGGCUUUCAUACGAUUGGAAGAAUUAUACAGUUUGAGGAGGGUAUUAUCUCUGCUAUAAGGUAGAUUAGCACCGCACCGUCCAAUCGGAGUUCGAGAUAAUUCUUGAGUUAAUCAUGCAAUAGCUGAAUUCAAUACUAACUGUAUAGGAUUUAUUCAAAACAGAUCGGUGUUUCAACAUUUUCAACUUCACAUGGCUUUGAAUGGUACCAAAACAGCUAACUUGCCUGGUUGCUGUCUUGCAUGACAUUAAUCGCCAUUAACAUUAGUGUCUGACAUGAAAAACAGUAUAACAUAAGCAUCUUCCAAAUUUUGCAAGCUCAAAUGGUUGAGUUACAUAAAUUAUAUUGUGUUUAAAUAUUUCAGGCCAAGGAUAAAACUCAGAUGACUCCUUUGCAUGUGGCAUCCAGCCAGGGUUCUUUUCCUGUUGCCAAAUGCCUCAUUGAUGCUGGAGCUAACUUAAGAAGCUUGGAUGAGGAACAAAUGACACCUAUGCAUUUUGCUUGUAUGGAAGGAAGUCUUGAAGUCGCCAAGCUGUUGUUUGAAACAGGUGUGUAGCUAUUAAGGAAUUCAGGGUGUUGCUUUAGGAUCUACAAAGGAGAAAGAGGGCAGCUUAUACCAAGGGAAAAUCAAUUUUCACAUUACUGUAAUUAGAAUUUUCUUUGGCACUCUUUCCCACUCCAAAACAUUAAAAUUACUCUAGAAUCAGCAUUCCCUGCUAGCAGAGGCCUCAUUUUCCUGGUUUUUGGUGGGCAGGAGGAAAAGUCUCUUGUCCUACCACCCUCAGAAGAUAGUAAGAUACCAAGAUUGAGCUAUAGGACAUUUACAAGAGGUGGUCACUUGCGAGAAUCUAACUGCAGGGGGUCACUUCCAGGAAGAGGUGCCACCAUUCCUACAGUUAACUCAGUUAACAACUAACUACGGUUUCAUAGUUAUGAUAUGUGCAGUUGUUCUAUAUCGUCACGGGCACCACUAAGGAAUGGCGUAACUGAUUAGUAAACAAAUUUUAUAAUGGAAUACGAAGAUGGAGGCUUUUGACUCGGCAAUAACAUAAUACACAUCAUACAUAUCUCCAUAUUUUGCAGAAUACCAGUUGUAUUAGAAAGCCACAGGUCAUCUCAGGGGGGGGGGGGGUGCACCCCCUGCACCCUCCCCUUAGAUCCGCUCCUGUACUCUGAGUAGCAUUGUUUGCUGUGUAUCAGUCAAGUUUGUCUGGGACGCACAAAAUUGAAAAUGAGUGGUGAAAUCACAAGAAACGUACAACACUGCACUGUUUUCGUUGUUUCCGCCCCACUCUCUUUGUGGCUUCGCCGCUCACUCCUGCUUCCCUCCGUUGCCCCUUUUUAAACAAAACUGCUAGCCAUGCGUGCUACAGCAUUGUACAUACAGUGAACAUAGAGAUCAGUAGACCAUGCAGUGGUUGAUUGCCAAUGAGAGGUUAAAAACAAAGGAAAAAUUAUAAGAAAACUGUCAGCAUAAAGUGAUCACAAGCACUUACAAGAGGUGGUCUUUUACAAGAGAGUUUAAACAUAGGGCUUUGACAUGGUAAAUUUUAGUGUUUUGGACAGUUGGUCUGCUGUAUUAAUUUCGUUUUAUAAUUAAAAUUAUUAUCAUCAUCAUCAUCAACAUUAUCGUCCUUGUCAUCAUCAUCAUUAUUUUCAUUAUUAUAAUCAUUAUCAUUAUUAUUAUUAUGAUAAUUAGCAUUAUCAUUAUUAUUAUUAUGAUAAUUAGCAUUAUCAUUAUUAUUAUUAUCAUUAUCAUCGUUAUCACUAUCAUUAUCAUUUGAUUAUCAUUGUCGUUAUUAUUACACUAUUCUGUACUUAGCUGAAGAGCAAGGUGGAUGGUCCAUAGUGUCCAAAAUGGUAACAGACCAAGAUCGAGAAGAACAAACACCCCUUCACCUUGCAGUUGAGGAUGGUGAUAUUAACCUGGCAAAGCUCUGUCUGGACAAAGGAGCAAACGUUAAUGCACACAAGGUUAACAUGAGCACUCCAUUGCAUCUGGCGGCCAAUGGUGGAGAUUUGGACAUUGUCAAGAUGUUAAUAGAACAUGAUGCCAAUAUAGAAGCAAAGAAUGCGAGUCAAGAAACACCACUGCAUAGAGCAGCUCAGUUUAACAGGGUAGAGAUUGUUGACUAUCUCCUAAGCAGGUAAGCUAAUAGCCGUGUUCACUCUAGAAGACGGACAAGUUGUCUCAGACGGUAGCCUGUUAAAAAAUGUAGACACUCUAAACCGUCUGAAAGGCGGACUGCUGUGAACUGCUGCUUAUAAGCCCUGGGGUUUUACAUCUUCGUAAGGAGUUUAAGCCGGAGGGUUUAGAACGGAGGGGUUUAUAACUGCAAUAGAAAAAGCACUUUGAAACAAGCUUUAGCAGUGCUGAUUAAAAUGCGUUUUACAUUUACAUGGCCGGGUUGUUCACGGUUUUCAAUAUAGGGACCUUAAGCAAGGACGACGAAGACGGCAGUGAAAACGUCGGUAAAAAAAUGAAUUUGAGUUCUUUCAAACUUAAUCGCGUCUUUUUGGACCCGCUCGAUACGUCAAAUGCAGGCGACUUUUCCUGGAGUUGAAUCCUUAAGGAUUUUACUCAGGUUCAAAAAGAGGAAGGAAAAUUCGUCGUCGUAUGUCCACUUCCUCCUUAAAACGUCAAAUUAGGAGGUUUGACGUCGUAGUCGUGCAGUGGACGUCAAAGAAAUGUACUAAAAAGCGUGAUGCACGUGCAGAGCUGUUGUUUUGAUCAUUAAGGUGAUGUUACACGGGACGAUUCGCAACGACGAUUCUUAGCGCAACACAACGUUGCAUCAUUGUUGCGACAUUGUUUCGAAUGGUUGCAACAUUGUUCCAAUAUUGCAAGGUUGUCUUGCGCUAAAAAUCGUCGUUGCGAAUCGUUCCGUGUAACAUCACUUAACCCUAUUGUUUUGUUGAAGUCGUCGUUGUGGUCGUCGUCGUAGUUGCUUAAGCUCAUAUGAGCCGGUGGCCGGCGAAAUUCGCCGCCCAUUUCACGUGAACUCGCCACCUACUUUUCUUUGGAAAUAACCCCAGUUUAAAGAGAGUAUUCAUGUGCGGACACUGAAAAAAAGCCAAAAUGUAAUAAUGUCUGUGAUCUGUUUAAACACCCUUAAUUUUUGCUCCAGACUGCUGAAAAUGCGUUCUAAAAGGCGUAGAUUUAAAAAUUUUUUCCAGAAACUCAUUCGCACCUUCAGUGCUUGCAAGUCACGCCUUCGCCGCGAGUUUUUUCCUUCUCCGCCUGCUCUUGUUGAAAAACCCUGGUUGUCUAAAGCUGGGUUAAGGUAACCCAGGGUUAGUGGAAAUUUGAAUUCAGAUAUGAAACCUUGAAAAGUAAAUUCAGUUCAAUUCUCUUUAUAUAUACAAUUUGAUGAUCGCAUGUUCUAAAAAGAGCAGAAAAUGUUAUCCGAGAAAAUGCUUUUGAACAACCUCGGGUUAGCGCUAGUCGGCCUUCGAACAACUGGACCCUGGUUUUUAAUUAAGUAUUUAAAAACGUGAGAAUGAAUCGAAUUUAUAUUCAUCUCAAUACAAGCUGGAGGCGGACGUGUAGUUGGAUGUGUUUCUGUUUACAAGUAGAUGGGUCUAUAACUGAAAACGGAAGGAAAACAUGUUGCACGCGCAACGUCGUCCGAUUUGUUCGUCUAUAAAGAUGAUUGAUUUUCCCUGGUCAAUUUGUUUGUAUAGACAGACAAGUCGUCUAAAGUCCGAUGUAAAUUUACGCCUGGCGAACAACAAGGGUGGACGACUUGUCCGUGUGCAGAAGAUUUUUCCGUCUGCUGGUGUGAAAAUUACCAUUGCUUUUUUCUUUCCUAUCUCACUUGUCUACUUGGUACCCAGGUAGCACACCCACAUCGUGGGUUUCGUGUACCACUCAUUAUCCAAGUGGAAAUUGGAAAUGUUAAAUUGCUUAAGUUACCAUUUAACCUAAACUUCGAAACUUUCGGACGGAAGGUUAGUGGUUAGAUCAUUUUCCGGAAAUUGCGACCGAAAAUUGAGGAAUGUGUUUAAAGGUUUUGUAUCCCGGUUUGUACGAGCUGAAAAGCCUCACAGAAGGUCAUGUACUAUAAACCAACUAUGUUAAUCUUUGCUCCUUGCGCUCAUCGUUUCAUUUUUAGAGGUGCCUACAUUGAGUGUCGAGAUAAGGACAAAGACAGUCCUUUGCUUAUAGCAGCAUCUAAGAAUCACCUAGAGACAGUCAAAAGCCUUUUGGCUCGCGGUGCUGAUAUCAGCGCAAAGGAUAUUGAUGAUGCGACACCCAUAUAUCGAGCCGCAGCUGAAGGUUGCAUUGAGACUCUUGAGGUAUGCAUACACUAGCUAUUUAUUAUUAGUGUUCACCAAAUCAGUGGAUAGUAAUUUUUGCGCGUUCUGAUUGGCUCCUGUAACUCGGAAUAUCCUUGGAUAUUCACUGUUUUGGGACGGGAUUCAAACUGGCUUCUCGUUUCGCGACAGUUUCGAAGGAUGAAAUUUUAGCUGUAAAUGAAACAGCUGCACCAACAAAUACCAAGAAACAGACAAAAUUUGGCUUGUCGGUGUUUACUGGUCGUUAUAAUUUUUUUUUUUGGCAACAAAAUCAUAAAAAAUGAUCGCCGACUCAAUUGAAAUGUAAACAAACUCUAACUAAGUGACGUCUUUUAUUUACAAAAAGUUCCUUUUUGCUCUCUCUCUCUCUCUCUCUAAUCGCCGCGUCUCGCCUUUCUCGCGUGGGGUGAAUUCACGCGCGCUCGCGUUUCGUUCGCUCUAUCGUAGUCUACAAGAACCCCAGACUUAAUGGAGUUGUGUCACGAAAUUUACCAAAACUGCCGCGUCUUACGGACAUUACGCAGCACCAUAGACCCCGCUAAUUGCUUUUCUCACCUCUUUAUCUCUGCCGCUCGACUUCUUUUUUCUUUUGUCCUUCAGUUUCUUCUUAAAUCUGGCAAAGGCAAGGCACUUGUCGAGGAGUAUGACAAGUAUGAGAACACUCCACUACAUGUUGCAGCCAAAAAAGGAUAUGUUAGAAUUGUCCAAGUAAGUUCUUAUAGCAGGGUGUCAGUAAAAGCCGCAACAGGCCCAAAACACCCUGGAACACCCCGGAUCAUCUCGGAAUACUGCGGAACACCCCCAUGAUGGGCCAGACCGCCCCGAACACCCUUAAUUACAAAAAUUAGGCAAAAAAUUAUAAAAACCCCCAAAGAAAUCUAAAAAAUCAUGUUCCGGGGAUGUUCCGGAAGUGUUCCCGGGUGUUCUGGGGUGUUCCGGGCCUGUUCCUGGUUUUACAGACACCCGUAAUAGCUUGCGCGGCAGGCGCUGGUUAGUUUUUAAGGUUAUUUAUAAUUUUAGAAUUUGUUCAUGCUUAAUGUGCGUAUAUCGAGUUUUGGAUGCACGCAAGAAGUUUUCAGAGCAUGAAAGAUGCGUAAGAAUUGCUUGAGGCACAGCCGAGAGCAGCUCUAGGUUCUUGAGUGCUCUCCAAACUUCCCAAGUGCAUCCAUAACUCGAUAUACGCACAGCUAAAAGCAUGCGCAAGUUCUUUUAUCACAUAGCUGCCAAAAUUGCUUGCUUUUUGAUUAACUGCAAAAUUCUUGUAACGCUUGACACAGAAAAACAAACGCUUCUAUUGGCUGGUUACAAACACACCACAAUCGACUUUGAAAAUGGCAGCCAGAUUUAAUGAUGUUUCGGAGUCGGAAAUUGAUCAAUAAUUUUAUUUUCUCGAAUAAUCAUCAAUGUAUUAUUUUACUAAAACAAUCAGGCGAAGUGAAUAUCGGCGAAUAGUCACCUCGACUUCGUCUCGGUGACUAUUCGCCGAUAUUCACGUCGCCUUCGGCGACUUAUUGUUAAAUAGCCACUUUGAAGUUGCACGGGAGGCCGUGUUGAGAUUGUUUCAAGGUGCAUUGUGGGACUGUUUUAAGAAACACAUUUUCAACAUGGCGACAAAUUCGUCCCACAAUGCACUUUGACAACCAACUCGACCCAGUCUCCAGCCCAACCUCAGAGUGGCUAAUAGAGCUCGCGUCCUCGAUAUUGCUCCUUUUCGCCCUAAAAAGUAAAUGGCUUCUGCUACGCAGGUAAAGUUCCAACUACUGCAUAAGGCUUUUUUCCUUUAAUUGGGGACAAGGAAGGUAAUGCUUUCUUUCCGACGUCAGGGCCGUGCCAAAAUUAUUUUCAAAAGCUAGGAACUUAUGAUUGCGAUCGGCAAUGGAGGCCAAACAGACAUACAUGCAACCUUUAUUACUUUUACAAACGGUAAGAAUCAGAAUAAGAUUUCAGAUUAUGUGUUCGCCGAAGAGCGUAAGGUGAGGACUGUAGGUGUAGUAAGGUGUACAUGUACGUAGACUCAUGGAGUGAUAGGCCAGUUGCUCCACCAGUGGCGCUUGGUUCUAAGGGGUUCAUUUUUUAUUUUCUUUUAGCUUCUUCUGGACAAUGGUUGUUGCAUUGACUGUAAAAACGAUGGAUCCCUGACGCCACUCCACUUGGCGGCCAAAUUUGGGCGGAUAAGGUAACUCUGGCCGUUGGUGUCAUAUUCAGUCUAGAAAUUUAACGAGAAAGCAGGCUGUACUCAGCUUCCUUGUGUUCGCUUUAGCCCUACUGUUAGACGGAAUGUGGCGGACCUCAUAAAUCGGAUCCGUGCCUAAAGAGGCGCACGGAUCAUAAGUUCUAAAAAUUUGAUCCCGGUUCUCCUAGUGACAAAUUCCAGGCCUCCCAGGGCAAAGCUCUAAAUUUAGUAGUAGAUACGAAACACAGCCUAAAGACCCUUCUCACUAGUCUGAUUACAUUCCCUUGUUUCCGCGUAAGAGAUCAUUAAAACGGAGAGGCUAUACACUUCUUCGCCGGCUAUCCCAACGGGUUGUUUGAACCAAAUAUGGUGGCCCGUUAAAGUAAGCGAUCAAGCUCGACGUUUUUAGAGGAAAAUAGAGGACAUUAGUGGGCUUAAGAUACACCUUUUCUGUCUACUGGUAUAGGUUGACAAAACUGUUUGCCACGUAGUUACACAAAAGUUGACCAUGAUUUCCUAGCUCGACGACUUGACAGGAAAAUAGAGGACAUUAGUGACCUUAAGAUACACCGUUUCUUUCCACGGGUACGGACAGACGAACAUGUUUGCCACGUCAAAAGUAGUUAUACAACAGGUGACCACGAUUUCCCAGAAGUGAUAGUGGCGUCAACCAUUCUACCCGGUAGCCUACCCGUUUCUCCGCGGGGUAAGAGGCAAUCUACCCGUAUUUACGGCUGCGCGUACAGGUUAUUUACCCGUACCCGUACCCGUACACGGAAACGCUUCUGUAUCUUAUGGUCUCUAUUAAACAGUCUAGCUGGUCUCAUAAUUAUUAAUUUGUGGCCAUUUUACAGAACAGUAUGUGCUCUUCUGAAGAGGGAUAUGUCCAUAAUAAAUGACGAAGAUGAUGCUUCCAACACUCCGCUACAUGUAGCUGCACUAAAUGGCAAUGACAAAGUCGCUAAAGAAUUGCUUGAUAGAGGAGCUGCUAUCGAUGCAAGGUGAGAAGAAGAUCAUGACUUUAUCACGGAGGUUACUUCUUUUUUGCUACGGACGAAAAAUCCUUUCACUGAAUAACUCCACUAAAAGCAGCCUUAAAAUUAAAAUUAUUUCUUAACGGAAAAGCAUAUUCAUUUGUGUGUUUUUAAGCCCAGAGCCGGAGGUAGAAGUGGUGAAGUUUUUCUAUCCUAGCCGUUCAAUCCGUACUUAUCGAACUAAGCAGAGUAACUGUUAACAAAAACGCAUAAAAGGGACAGUGAUACAAAUCACGUAGCCUGCGGAGCUGGCAGUUUGUUUGGCGAGAGGGAGAAAAACGUUGCGAAAACGCGCGCGCAGCUUGGCCGCUCACUUGCGCGCUCGACAAACAAAACUGCCAGCCUCGCAGCAAAUCUAGUCGUUAUUUUGCCAAUAAACACUAUUUGAUUAUUAAAGAUCAUUAGCCAGGCAGUUUCCUUGACCGGAUUUUUCUCAAGGUCAUACGAGCUGUGCAAUCGCUUUCACUAAAUAUCCGAAGCCAUAAAUCGACAUCCUACGAAAGUUCGUAGUCAAUACUUCUAACGGAUCUUUGUGCACAGGAAUGCCAACUUAUGGACGCCGCUGGAUUGUGCGGCAGCAAAGGGCUGGGUGGAUGCAGCCACUGUUCUUCUUGAUGCUGACUGUCCUGUGGAUCCUACUGAUAAAGCAAAGGUAAAAGGAACAUGCAACCUCGUUCCCAGGGUUCUCUCCUACCCGCCGGAUAGAACGCUGGGAAUGAGGUUGAAGGAACAUGUUGGUGAAAACACAUUUGUUGAAUAAGAUUACUUACAAAGGGCAACGCCCUUAUAACUAAUGGAGAAUAAAAACGAAAUGAUGAAACUUCCAUAGUGAGUCUUGAAUCGCGGCACGUUUGUUAAACGCAACAAAAAUCAGCUUUGUGUUUACAUAACAACUAAGCUGGCCCGGUUAACUGGGAUCCCGGUAUCGAAGUGGCGUAAUACCGCGAUGAAAGUCUCCCUGCUCGGCAAAUCUGGCUAGCCUGUCCCUUAAGUCUUCCUUUUUUUUUUUCAGACUACCCCACUUCACCUUGCUGCACGUGAAGGCCACGUGGAGAUGGUGAAACUGCUUUUGUCAAGGAAAGCUAACAUUACAUUGACAGACAGUGCUGGAAGAAAUUGUCUCGAUAUGGCCGUUGAAAAUAAUCACAAGUAAGUACUUAAAUACGGGCUAAGAAAAAUUCAAGAAGCAAAUGCCUCAAGGAUUUGUAAACACUUUGAAACAGCGACCUUUAGAUCCAAACGUUAUGGCCAAGCGCCUUUGCUUCGCAUUUCUUAAAUUUUACCCUAUUUGUUUAUUUUGUUGUUGUUGUUGUUGUUGUUUGUUUACUUCGUAUUAGAUAUAGUUUGUUUAUGGUAGUCCCGAGUUCAUCUUGUCGUUUUCCUGGUACUCACGCCAACUCUGAUUAAGAGAAAGUACUCUGAAGAUGAGGUGAACUGAGGAAAUACAAAUUUCAAUGAAGACAUGAUCAUCGAAAUUGUAAUUGCAAUUUUAACUAUUGCAAAUUACCGUAAAUCCUCCAUUAUUUUUUGAUGGGAGGCGUAAAAGAGGCGGGGGGGGGGGUAUUUAGUUUAGCGAAACGUAUCAACGGGAGCAAGAUUUCUCGAAGACGGACUUGUGGCAGUUCCCGGGCGUUAUACUGCUUUUUCUAACAAUAAGAAAAUGGUAACAACUCUCCACAGAGAACUAGAGCGUAAAUUUGGAAAAGUUGGGGGUCAUGCGGCGGAAGACCAAAAAUAAUAUGAUUUUCCAGCCUCAAUAAACCAUAACUGAGCAGUCCACGUUAAUUUUUUGUGAAGUAUAACGAUGGAGGAGACGGGGAGGGGGGAAGGGGGAGGGGGGCUUAUUAACUUUCCUCCGCUGAAAAGGGGGGCUUAAUAGAGGAUUUACGGCAACCCGAAAAAAAAGAUUAACUCAACAAUUUGGCCUGCUCCCUGGAUCUUCAUAGCUCAAUUGGUAGAGCACUGCAGUGCUAUCGUAGAGGCCAUGGGUUCGAAACUCGUUGAAGUCCCGAUUUUUUUUUUCGGGUUAAUUUGAAAUUGCUUGGAUUACAAUUACCACUGCGAUAAUCAUACCUUCAUUUAAAGAAAGUACUCUGGGACGGGGCGUACACUGUCCGUCCCUUAGUCGAAAAGAGUAGAGGAUCUAUUUCCGUUUGUCGAUGUUAAACGAUUUAAAGCAGUUAUCACUCUCUCAUAGAAAGCUCAUGUAAACCAUAGUGAUAUAGUGUCCUCUUUUUUUUCCCAAGGGAAGUAGCACUUGUUAUUAUUCAACACAAGGAUUGGAGACAAGCCAUGCGCAAUAAGACCAAAGAAGGAAACUUUAUUAACACACCGAUGAGAAAGCUCAUCAAAAAACUACCCGGUAAGUGUUCCAUUGUGGCAGCUUUUGCCUUCGUCCUUUUUAGUUUUUUCACUCAAAAAAAUCGUGAUAUGUAUUAUAAUUCCUAUUUCUUUUGCCUUAAUUAAUGGUUUUGAAGCCCUGUUUACAUCCUUUAGAUUUUCAAGAAACAGUUAAUCGCAAUGACUCUGCACUUCAUCUGAUAUGCGCACUAAUGUGUUUGCACAAACAUCGGUUUUCGUGUUAAAAAGAAACUGCAUCAAGAGUUCCGCGUUAUACUGGCAUUCUCCUAUUGAUUUUGACCGUCUAUUUUAUUAAUUUAAGUUAGUCUAGGGUAUGUUGAUUCUUGUUUCCUCCGUUUUUUGCAUCAUCUGAACCAAGCGUUUUCGAAAAGCUUCUUUUUCUAUCCGUACACAAUAAGAAGCUAAUUUCCGUCUUCAAAAGCGGGUUCUUAUUAUAUCUGUUUCUGACAUGCUUCGCUUAAUCCGUUUGACCAUUUUAGUGUAGGUAUCAGCUGGGCCAAAACGCUUAAAAAAUGAACAAUGUGUCACAUGAACGGAUGAAGUUUUUAAAUAGAAUCACAAUUUGUGUCGUCAUUCAAGAUUGCGCCCACAACUUUGUACAUAAUAAAAUCAAGGAUGAAGCGCCAUUUUCGUAGCCUUGCCUACAAUUCGGGUUUUGAGCGAAAAGGUUUCGAUUCCUUACUGAUGCACCGCAUCAAGCCCUUUCUCGGUUUUAUCUUCUCCUAUCGUAGAGGUUGCGGAGAAAGUCUUCAAUCGCUGCGUCAAGUCGAAUGGGUACCCUGUAGACCAUCCACAGUACGCUAUCACCCUUAGCUAUGAGUUCCUGGAUGACGUCAGUCUUGAGUGGGCAGGAUUUAUGACGUCAGAGACAGUUGAGCAUGAGGAGAGUGGCUUAGAUGCUGUCAUGUAUAAAAUCAAGUCAGCUUUACCUGAGAACGCCAGCAAGCAAGUGGAAAUAAAAAGCAACCAUCCUCUGAUGCUUAUGGUAAGUGUAUCAAAGAAUCCGGACUAACGACAGUCCAUUCCCCUCUCCUGACGUUUCCUCCCUAGCGACGAGGAACGAGGGGAUACGGCUCUAUUCGCAGGCUAACAAAAAAAAAAACAACUGGUUGCUCAGGGGAGCGGUUUUUUUUUACGAGAGUUUUUAAUUCAAAGUACGUUAGUGUGCUACUGAAAUUCCUUUAUGGCGGGAAUGCGCAGACAUUUGUUGAAAUUCCGUUCUUUUUGAGCUAUUUUGAAAAAAUAGCUCAUAUGUCAGUGGUGUGAGCGUAUGUAUCUUUGUGGCUUUGUAUCUUUGUAUGUUGGGAUGUUUGUUGCAAGAGCCAAUAAGGUUAAAGGUACUAUGAGUUGAUGCUUAGGAACCAAUGAGAUCUUGGCAUCUAUUUAAACAUGGUAUUGGUAAAGGUCGAACAAGGGCACUUUGAGACCGCCAUCUUGAUUCUUCACAAUUUUUUCGUCUUUUAUUACGGCUACAGGUGUUUGGAAGAAUUACAUUAAAUAUCUUCAUGAUUCAAACGCUGUGUACAGUGAUGCAGCUUUUUAAGGGUUCAUAUUUUAGUAUGGACGCUGCCUCAAGGCUUUUCUGACCUAAUUCGGCUAUCGGUACAACGCACGGCAGUAUGAGUUCUGUUUCACCUGCUGCAACUGGGUAGAGUAUAAAAGAUCAAAUAUUUUCAAAGCUCUUCCAAUGAAGCUAUAAUUGAUAUUUAGAUAUAGACUUUAAUUCGAAAGUAUGCGCCCUAUAAAAGGUGGUUUUAGAAGUUUAAAAAGGCAGCUUAUUUUUGUGAAAGCUGUGCCGAACAUUGUUAAUCCUGUAAACAAGCUGUAAAAAUAUUAUUCUCUCGCUUACAAAGUUCAACGGACCUUUUUCGUUCUGGCAAAACAAAAAAAAAGAAUAAUAAGUGAACAACAUGAUACAUCCUUCCUGCAUACUAAGUAUUAUAGUUUCUGAAACGUAUUUUCUUUAGUAAAGAUGCUUAACUUAAGUAGAAACAGUAGCGUUAGGGAAUAAAAUUGGAAGAAGCUAGUUGACACAAUAAUAAGAUACUGUUGUAUUGAGUGGAGUAACAUGAUACAAGUAGAAAUAUAUUUCGGCAGUUUGAUAAUUUUCUUGGAAGUUAAUAAAUGUAAAGCUAUCAACCUUACAUUUAUCAUUAUCUAUCAACCUAAUAACGCCGAGGUGAUUUCUUAAAAUCGCUUGAGAAAAUUUUGUAGUAAAACAAUUUGCCUCUUUUUUACGUCCGAAUUGUAAAAGGUGCCAAAGACCAACAUCUUCACAUGCAAAUUGUGUGCAUGAGUUAUUUUUAUAAUUCUGUUUAAUACUGUGUGAUAACUCGAAUUCCCUCACGUACGAACCACGAAAGGGGGCAAAGUCCAACACUUUCACUUGCCAGCUGUGUGACUGUACAUCUCAUGCAGAUUGGCUUUUCACAAUGAUAAAUAGUAACUUGGACAUAUGAAGACCUGUUUCGUUUUGUAACCAAUGCCUUAAAAAAGGCUCUUGUCUUUUAAGAAGCAAUAGCUUUUAAAACAUGAAGAAAUAAGUUGUCGGAGUAAAAGACUGUUUCACUGAGUAGAAUCGCACGUGAAAACCUCGUGAAUUAUGAUGAUGCAACCAUCUACCACAAUCAUGAUAAAACUCCUGGUAUUUCGUAACUAUUCAGUAUUCGAUGAGUCACAUUUUGGCUUAAGAAACUCCGAGAAAACCUUAGAGUUUUCCUUCUAAUCAACGUUUGGUGAGUAGAUAUUUACUUUACUUUAACAAUUUGUGUAACUUGCACCAGAUGUAACAGGGAAAGACAGAGGAAAGUGAAUAUAUAGGUUGAGCAUCGACUCAUUUAUGUAGCGCAAUACCCAAUUUCGCACAAAAACUAAAUCUACAUUAGGAUGAAAAAGGUAGAUUCAUCACUCUUGGUAAGGUUACACCGAAGUAUUAUAGUUACACUGAAGCAUUCAAAAUAGCUCAUGCACGUUUAACGUGCCUAUGUUUUUUUUUUAGUCAGUUUGGCGAAUGCCAUUUUAAUUCGACCACUUACAAGCUAUAUGUUUGAGUUUUCGCUAGAAACUGUCUUGCUCAUUCUCAGCACUUUUACCAAAAAAAAAAAGGAUCAUAGAGUGGCUCAUAUGUUUGUUUCAGGUCACAAAAGAGCGUGUCAAACUACUCAGUCAUCCCCUUGUAACGUACCUACUUCGCUAUAAGUGGCGUAGCUUUGGCCGUUAUGUGUAUUACGGCCGGUUAAUCCUGUAUGGGAUAUUCCUGUUUUUCCUGACUGGCUACGCUAUGCAUACAACCAAGAGCAUACCGAUGACUGUGUGCAAAGACCGCGAGUGCACGUGUAAUGUGACCUUUGAUACUGGAACCACAGGGAGCCGAGUGGUUUGGAGAAAGAUUGGUCUGCCUGUGAUUCUCAUAACAACGUCUAUUAGUAUAUUUUUAGAGGUAGGUAAUGUGCAUCGUUAUGGUUUGUAGAAGAGCAAGACUUUAUGUCUUGAUUUUCUGCGUGUAAAAUAUAUUGAGCUGUUAUUGCAGUGUCGUGCUACAACAUGUCUUUGCUAGAAUUAAAAUCCGGUGCAAAAGACUGAUUUUCGCUUCCAGUUUGCCAUAUCUCUCCAAAACAGCCAUCUUGGAAACAGAGGCAAGUCGCCAUUGUAGUGAGGUGGUUGUAGUAGUAGUUGUAGUAACCAUUGUCUUGGACCCACCGUUGGGACUUACAUAUUUCAUCUUUUCUUGUUCCUUCUCGGUCCAAACUAGAGUCUUUCCGUCUUUCUUGAUUCCGAUUUAUUUUAACAAGUCCACCUCAAGUUGCCGUUUUGUUUGUUUCCUUUGUGGUGUCCCUCUCGAGACCUGAUACGCAAAUUUAAUGCUUAGCUAUUGUACGAGCAGUUGCAAAAAUACUUGAGGAGCUGUAGCUUUUUUGGGCUAAAAUGACCUUUGCAAUGUAUGUUGUGCUUGUGAUCCCCUCCCCCCACUCCCUUGUCAAAGUCGCUAGCAAUACUAUACCAUAUUAAAAACCUCUAUAGGGACAACUUUUAAUGAAGGGGAGGGAGGGGGUGAGAGUUAUAUCUUACAGAUGUGUAACGAGUAGAAUUUUUGAAAAAAGGCCGGUUUUUCGUUGGACUGUCCCAACAUUUUUACAACUGGUUGCAGCUUACUGCACGAGGUUGUUUUGACCGUGAACUCGCCCUCUUUUCCUCACCAAGUCCAACUCAGCAGAAUCCCCAUCCGUGAGAAUUUAUCCGAAGUCUUACCUUCUGUUCGUUUUGUUUGCAGAUUAUUCAGUUUUGCUAUGUGUGGAGGCUUAUCUUACAAUGGAAUAGACUUAUUGAAUUGCUAGCUUAUAUCUUUUCUAUGGUUUACGUCGUGGAUGACUUACAACUUGACGAUACAAGCUUUACGAUAUCCGAGGGAUCAAGGCAAGUUAAUAAUAAUAAUAAUAAUAAUAAUAAGUUUUUAAAGAUAAAAAUACAUAUCUUUUGUUACAAGUGUAAUUAAUGAAGAAAUUUUACGUCCAGUAAAAAGUGCAAAAAGAUAAAAAGUAAGAAUUAAAAUCCAGCAUAUUACAAAGCUAAUUCGUAUUUGAAAACUAAACGGUUAAUAAAAGAGUUUUUGAAACGCAUAGUCUUAAAUUUUAGGUUCAUAACAAGCCAAGUUUCUUUCUUAAGAUGGUAGCUAGACGGUUUGACACGAGGCAUUAUAGAUAAGUGUGGAUGAGGUUCACUACUAUAACCAAGCCAAAGCUAGGGCUUUCAAACCAUCUUUGAGUGCUUGCGAUAUUUGAAAUAUUUGAGAGCUGCAUUACCGGUCACAGUGACAAAUCUUUCUCAAAACUGAUCUUGCCUCACGAAAUGUAUGGAACAAGUGCUUCUUACUGCAUUUUAUGACUUACCUUGUUCUCACUUAAUUUCGCGAGUAUUAAAUUUCGGUCAAUUCUGUGCUGAAGUCUUUACUCACUACCUUUCAGCGCCGUAGCUAGUAUGAGGCCAACCGAGGCACUCGCCUCGGUAAAAUUUUGACGAAUUUCGCCGAUCAUUUUUAUUUUACAUAAGCGAUCAUCGGAUAUUUUUAACGCAUCAUGAUAUUACAAAGAAUUCAGCAAUUCAGUCAAUAUACUAUGAAAAAAUUACCAUAUCAUCGAUCUCAAGGGGCUACGUACGUUAACUCAAAUUUUUUUUGAACAAAUACUGAUCAAAACCAUUGGCGAGGUUAACGGUCACCCAGAUUAUGUAGCUUGUUUCUGAUUAUUGCUUUUUAAAUUCCACUUAAAUUAACUCGAAAAAAAGUUACCGAAAGGCCCAGAAAACGCUGCAAAUCGCAUUUCCGAGAGACUAAAGUUCAAAAUUUCUCGGGAGGGGGGGGGCAUGCCCCCGAACCCCCCUAGCAACUCCCGCCUGCCUCGGUUGGCCGUUUGGUCUGGCUACGGCACUGCCUUUAACCAAACACGAAUGACCAUGUAGCGAUAUGAAGAAGAUAUCAAACAAGUCUCAUCAGGAAGCACCUAAAAUAUGAACUUUUUAGGUGAUUUUGCAGGUGUAAGAGAGAUUAAGAUUCACGUUUACGCCAAACGGCAAACGUGAAUUUGUACCACGUGACCAAGUUUUUCCCUUAAUUGUCGUUAACUUUUUAUUACUUUAACUAAAAAAUAAGUAGUUUCACGCCAGUGUUAUACAUAAGAAUUGUUCUGGACGGUUUUUAUCUGCUUAUUUUCUGAGAAAUUUUCAACUUUAAUCUGACGUUUGUCGUUUGGCGUAAACGUGAAUCUUAAUCUCUCUGUUAAAAGUAGUAAAACGUGAAAAAAGCUGGCCCCACGUUUUCAAUCAUGUUUCAAUCCAUGUCCAUCCUUGCUAUCCGUAGCAACAGACGACAGGAAAGAGUUAAACUGGACCAUUAUUUUGGAAUUACAUUGAUGCGAAAAAAUUUUUAGCUUUUUGAAAAGGUAGCAAAUCACGUGAAAUAGCCUCUAUGAACAUAAAUACAUUUUUGAUUUCAUUUCCAGGUGCUUUGUUUAUCACAACAGUGUAGGUGCGACCGCGGUCUACCUGUCCUGGAUUGGCCUUGUUCUUGUCAUGCGCAAAUUUCCCAAGCUUGGAAUUUAUGUGGUGAUGUUCACAGAUAUAUUCAAGACUUUCGCUCAGUUCUUUGUAGUCUGUUUCCUGUUUAUCGUGGCCUUUGGCUUAGGAUUUCAUAUUUUACUAUACAAUCAGGUAAACCGUGCAUCUGCUUACGUUAUAUUAUUGAAUAGAAGUUGGAACGGUUCUCUGAUUGUCUAAUGAAAUAUUAAUAGCACAUGCUGAACACAACAUUUUUUGAAGACUUAAGGAACAAAUAUUCUUCGAUCCCUUCCUAGGGACAGACUCCUUGGGUACGUUUGAAUUUGCCUAGUGCCUGCACGGCGUUUUUCCAGUCCCUCUCGGUCAAUUCACUUCGGUGACGUAUCCGAGGCGAACGCUCACAUUUUCGCCUGGAGCACGUGACCCGAAACGCUUUGGGCUUGCGGAACAAUGAGGCCUAGUAACUAGGCAAGGUUUGAAAGAGCAUGCUCACCCGCCACAACUCCACAUGAACAUUUGUGUUUGUGUUCAAAAUAAUACCCCUGGCCCCAUUUGUUUAAACGUUGGAUAGCGCUAUCCAGCAGGCCGCGGUUGUUCAAAAGAUAAAUAGCUCUAUACCUGAUAAAUGCCUAUUCAGCGGUUAAGUUAGGGAAAUUAAUUGCGCUUUCCAGUGGAUAGUGCUAUCCACCUUUGGAACAGCUGACGCCAGAUAUAUAACUAUCCAGCGGAUAAGUUCUGUACUGAUAGAGAUUUAUCCAGUGGAAAGCGUUACCCAGGUUUCGAACAACUGGGCCCUGUCCUUAAAAUACGCAACAUUUGAUCUCUAUUUCUAGAAAAAAUUCUCUACAACUUCGAAUCUUUUGCGCCUUUAAGAGGUAUUGCACCCUUUGCUUGGAAGUCUCGAAUGUCAAUACCCCUUUCUAAAGCAGGAUUCCCAAAAUCACCCAUCAGUCACAUGUCACAUAUCGUAUAAGUAAUUAACCGAAGCGGCUUGGGCAUGUCCUAAGCCUGUGUUCCUUACAAAGUAACCCUUCCCUUAAGUCACAAUUUUGCCCUGAGGGAGAAGUAAGUGUUAAUUUUGACUUAGGGGAGGGGUAGGUAAUCAGUCAUCCAAAAACCUCAAUUAAUCAGACUGAAAGAUGCUAGUUUUCCCUCUGUAGAUCCCGUACUCCACUCCUGGCAGAGCCAUGCUAAAGACAACAAUGGGAAUGUUAGGAGAAUAUGAAUACGAUACAGUAUACAAUGAAAACGUGGUACCCCCGGUCACGUGGAUACUGUACGUAGCCUUCCUCGUCACCAACUGCAUUAUCAUUAUGAAUUUAUUGGUAAGUGACUGUCGGGAAAGAAGGAGACGAUCUAGAGGAUACGACUUGCAAAUUGUAUGGUGAAAAGACCAUUUCAAAUUCCAAAACUUCUCCCAAAGUGCAAAACCUUUCUAAUGAAAAUGAGUUUCAAUAGUCCUCUUUAGCUUGCAUGCUAGAGUAUUAUGACAGGUCUGUAUUGCGAAGACAGAGCAUACAAACUAAAGAGGUCUGUUGCUUGAUAAUUAAAAAAAAUUUUCGUUUGAAUGGCUUCACACUUGGCCUCGCUUUGAAACAGAGGCUGGGGCAACUCGGUAAUGGCCCAUUUGUUGCGAGAUUAAGUGCAAAAGGGAAGUGUAAUAAUCACGUGAUGCGAAAUUCGUCAUCCUAGUUUGGUACAGACAAAUACACUGCUGUUGGAAAAGUACCUUAAAAUGGAGUGGCGAGCGUUGAUGUUCUUCCCUGAAAUGAUAGCAUUUGUUUGUUUUAAAAACUCAUUCUUUUGUGUUUGUUUCCAAUAAAAGUUGAUUGAAAAGGCUUAUUCCCUCUUUUUACAGUACAACAGUAGAACCUCGAUCCGUGCUUUGUUCUUGUGAGUGACCUUUCCGCGUAAACGAUGCCCAUUCAGAAUAGUCUGAUCAGAGGUUGCCUAAUAGGGUUCUUCAAUCCCGUCAUCCUGACCCAAAUUGUACUGAGCCAAAAUCCCGUAAUCCCCCGACGGUUAUUAUUGCUAUCCUCCAUACUGUGAAUACUUGGAACCCGAAUAUCGCCCCAUGUUGCUUUAAAAACCCGAUUCCCGAAUCCCGAGAAACCUAUUGGGGAACCACAAAUCAGUUGUUCUAGGGAGAGCUCUAUAGUUAGAACCUCUCAUAAGCGGCCAUCUCCAAUGAGUAGCCACCAAAUCUUGACGUUUUUAUUUGUUAACCAUAGGUUGGUCUGGCUGUAGACGAUAUCAAAGGUGUGCAAGAGAAAGCGGUACUCAAAAGACUGGCUAUGCAGGUUUGUCAAUGCAACGUACAGAAACUGAGAAACAAUGCUUUUAUGUUCACCACAACUUGCCAGCUACAGCGUGUUCAUUGUUUAUUGAAACGAGGUGUGGUGGAGGGGGGGUUGGGUGAAAGGGAAACUAUUUUUUCUUGCCCCCUUUGACAAUUAAAGAUAACUUUUCACCCUUGUGGAACAGUCAUAUUUUUUGCCCUCUUAAGGUAAAAUGGCCUGUUAUUCUUUGUUUCAUUUGUUCUCGUCUAGCGGACGUAUCUACGGGGUCCAAGGGCAUGCUUCUCUGGAAAAAUGUUAAAUUUUAGUUCUAUGUCAUAAGCUUUCUCGCAUUUUGGGGUUAAAAUUGUAGUUUUUCGGCCACUGAAAUUCAGGCAAUUUUUUUUCUGCCAAUUGUACCUUUUCACUAGGUUUUGGUUUUUAUUUUAUAAGGUUUUAGACAUUGACGGUUUCAGCUUUGGUGCUCUGACGGAACAUUGUGCGUUAGAUCUGCCCAGAGAAAACAAGUGUAAAUGAAAUCCCUAGUUUUCAAGUAUUACUAAUAGACUAAUGACUAAACACAUUGUCACCUUACUUGCCAAGUACCACAAUUGCCCCCUGGCAUUCAUCUAAGGCAAAGUGUUUUCUUGAAAAUUUCUUUACUUUUCCGUGUACACAUAUGUCUACAAAUGAAUUAUGUAAAUUAAUCCAUCCGGGAGCUAUAUCAGUCGCGGUUAGAAAGCGUGAAUGUCAUUAGAGACCUUUUGGCAUCAGGUUUUUCUUUAGAAACUGCAAACCGCGAACGGCAGUUUGCGGUUACGCGUUAGCAGUUUCACGUUAACAGUACUUCGAAUUUUAACAAAGCGUUCGUUGUUUGGUGGCACCACGUUGUUUUUCGUCAAGUCGGGGUGCUUCACUUUAAUCGCCUGAAAAAUAUCAAGAAUUCAUUGAUUUGAGUUCAAACAUCUAACUGGCACAUCAAAGGCGGGUGUAGAAACCUAUCUUUUGCCUUUAAACGUGACGCUGUACAAAUUUUUUGCCAAAAAUCACUUCCCGCUGGAAGCUCUUGCUGCCUUUCAAGACUGUGGUCACGUGACAUUCUCAGGUUUGCCGUAAACCAUGAAAAACCAGAUAUCAUUAACAAAAUGAACCAGGUAGCCGUGACACAGCCUCUUUAAUGUAUUUUAGGGCAAUUGUCCAUUGUAACUGUUUUUUUAUUGUUUUCUAAGCCAAUCCUGUGAAGCUUUGUAUAGCUGCGUAUCGCCAUUCUCUUUGCUAGUAUUUCAAUUUACUUUGGAUUACAAGGCAUUGCUUUACAAAAAAAACACGUUUCAGGAACGUCUCUCAGCGGUUUUUAUUAUUAUUUAUCUAUUUAUUUUUAUCAGACUCCAAUUGAGAAGCUACAGAAUCAUCAGGAGGCUUUAAAAGACGAAGUAAUGACCCUAAAAUCAAAACUCAAAGCUGUAUUAGAUCAUACCAUCCAACUGGAGGCCAUGAUGAAGGCGCUCAUGAAGCAUCACGGGAUAUCGGUAGAAGAAGAAGAAGAAGGCGAGGAUGACGACUAA